CGAUAAACGCGCAGCUACAGAUAAAGAUCCGUAUGAUCGGCGAUGACGAUCCUCACUGAUCGUGAUCGGAAGCAAAGUGAUGCAUGUGAUAGUACUGAGACUGACCCUUUGCAGCGCAAUUUCAUCUCCGUAUGAGGCAAUUCCAAAAAACAUUAUUCGGGGAGAAUGUUGGAAAUGCGAAGUAAACGAAGAAUUUAUACGACAAUUAUACCAUUCUUGACUUCUACAAGCAUCCUAUCACUCGUUGCGCUAAGCCCGUCGCGCUCGCAGUUCACCCCUGCAGUAUUAAGAUGAAGCUGCGGGGGCAGAAGAGGGCCACAGUGCACGAAGUUCAGACCCGCUCCCUGUCCUACACUUCUGCUGGUGCGCGCGCUCGUGCCGCGGGUAGUACUUCGUAUGGAUAUAAUGGUAGCUCCUCUGCAGCUGCUACGUACCACGAUUACCGGAUGUCCACCGGCCGUGGAGGGCGGCUGGGAGGUGCGACGACCCCGUCGAGCAGCAGCAGUUCUACUCCUGUCCGCCAGCCCGGCAUCUUCUACAACAGCAGCUCCGCCGCCACCGCCGCGGCGAGCCAUUUGUUGAGUCAGCUGGACCAGUUUCCGCACCCGAAUGUGAUGGAUAGCGAAACGCUGGGCAAAGCCGCUGUGACCGCAAGCCGGGAACAAAUUCACGCCGUGCGGCUCUGGGACGCGUUUAUGCAACGGGCGAAGCACUUGGCGGAGCUGCACCAGCUGGACCCGAGGGACGCGGCUUUACUGGUGAACGCAGUCUGCAAAAUCUAUUGCGCAGCGAGUAGUUGUUCGACUGCUGUAGGACAAUCCCAGAGCAGACAAUCUUCCUCGUCGUCCGCGUCGCGGCAGGUUCUAUGUCUUCAACGGUCGUUAGCGUACAGAAGUGUGAAUUUGCAGUGAAUUUGUAUUGCAUGACUUGCAUUUACUUAAAAGAGAAGAGCGCUACGUAUUAGACACACGAGCCCAAGCAUACCACAUAGCCUGAAGGGCUGCUCGUCGCGUGGUGGCGCUUGCAGCACCAAAAGAGGUGGUCUUGCGGGGGAUCGCCGGGCUGUGUAGUGCGUAUCUAGCGACCAGAGAAGGUGGGUCGGGGAGCUCUUAUUCUUCUGCGCGUCUGCCUCAGAAGUUCCUCUCCGAAAUGGUCGAAAGGGAGGGCGACGCCUGAACACAGGGGCACUAGUUCAACAUGUAUGCUCUCACGAGUUGUGGUUGGCUCGGCUUGGACUUGGAUAUCUGGGAGCAGCCUCGGGUGGAAGGGGAGGCACGAUUCGGCCGCGGACGCUAGCUUGCUUCGCCUGCUGUGCUCUGCUCACAACUCCCUACGUGUCUUGUUGCCUCCGGAGCAAGUCUUAUUCGACGUGAUCCCCAGGUCAAGAAUUCCCUUGGUGAAUUUUGGGACUUUUUGUUUUGGCGACACUUUGUUGAAGCCCCAAAAACCGGAGUUUCUCACGCGCUAGCGAAUUUUGAAAAAGAGCCGGAGGACAAAAUUCACCGGCGUCCUUUUCAAAAUUCACCCCAAAAUUCACCGAGCGCCACUUUUCGACCGUGAUAAGCAAAGUUUAGCGCAGAAAAGUGCUCAAAAAAACGCACAAGUAGACCCUGGGAAGUGGGGCCGAGGGGAAAAGACAGGCGCCCGCUGUUGCCCUAAGCGCCUCUAUUUAAUGCUGCAAAAUUUCCAUCUGAGCGAGCAUCAUUGCAAAAUGUAGCGUAUGGCGGAUCGCGCUUUAUGUUAUUUACAUCCAAAUACGACUCCGAAUCUGAACGAAAAACUUUAACUGGUGGGAAGAACUUCCCCAAACCUUUCAACGAUCGACGGAGAGCACCGAAGCUGUGACAAGACAAACGACAACGACUCUGCUUCAUUACCGACACGCAAGACCGAAGCACAGGGACAUUUCUGGCGACACUUGGUGCGCAGGUGUAUGAAAGCUGAUCACCAAAAUCCGAAGACGCCGACGCCUUGACCGAUGAAUGCACUGGGCGGCCGAAUCUCACAGAUGCUGCUAUGAACCAAAACUAACCGAGUCGCCGAGCGGCCCCAUAACACGGGCGGAGCACGGGUCUUCCGGGUGCGCUUUUGCGCGGGGGGAUCGAAAACAAGGCUUGCAACAACUUCAGCAGCCAACAUUCUACGCGAUGGUCUGUCCUCUGGUCCAAUCGUGUGGAUUCUUCUCUGCUGAUCUUUUUCACCCUCUAUGCUACUAGAAACUAUGCUCUACUUUUUACUAUGUGUUGACCUCAUUUCCAUAUUCCCAUAUGCCUAAUCAGGAUAAAAAUCACUUUUAUUUUUUCACUACUGAUCGAAGUUGUACAGCUACAGUGGUAGGGCGUUUUCAUUCUGCUUUUCGCGGAAGGACUUCGAAAUGCUGGCAAAGAUUUUCUGUCUGAUUCUGAAUCUCAGCUAUGAUUUUGAUAUAUAUCGAAAAGCAGCAAACUGACUAAACUCACCGAAAGAACUUUUUGUAUAGUAGAUCACUAAUCUCAUUUACUCACUCGCAGCGGCCUUCUUCAUUUUCUUCGCCCUCGGCUUAGAGAUCCACGUCUCGGAUUCCUUCAGUUCUUUGUAUUUCUUCUCGUAUUUGAUUCCCGCCGGGCAGUUGCACAGCUCCGGGAUGUUUCCCCGCGCCUUGUGCAUGAGGUAAUACUUCGCGCACUUCAUCAUUCUGUCGAUAGUUGCUUUCGUUGUACAGGUUGCAUCGGUAUACAGCUGGCCAUCCCGCCAGUAACCGCAAACACACCGCGCGUUGGGUCCAUUCUCCAUCGCCUGUUCCGCGGCAGUCAGCUUCACCCGCAGGUGGCUGCGUUGGCCCAGCUGGCGGGUCGUGACCUGCGCCCCCGUGUCCGCCCGGUGCGAGAUGGCCUGCGGAGCACCAGAACCCAGCAGAUUCAGGGUCAUGUACACCACAUGGAUGCCGCGCCUGCACUUCUGCAGAAACUUCUUGUUUUUCAGCCGCGCGUGCUCCUCCGCAGGGUCCAUUUCGAUCGGGGACUUCUCCUGGAUCUCGGCCCAGAGAGACUCUUUCUUUUUGUCCCCGCCGAACAAGUGCUCCUUCUUCAACUCCAUGACCUCGCUUUUCAUCGCCUCUGCACGCCUCUGCUCCGCAUCCUCUCCGACGAGGCCGUCGUCAUCACACUCCUCGCACUGAAACUCGUAGUCGCUAUCGUCGUCCUGUGUUUUUUCAUAAUUUCGUCACAUGCCAUUUUCAUGCACUCCACAAUGAGCGAAAUUUGUGCCCAAUCCACAUGACAAAAAAGAAGAAAGGCCCACCUGUUCGAUGUCGCCAACAGCCUUCUCUCGUUCCUCGGCAGCAGCACCCUCGCGCAGACCCGGAACGGCGCCGGCAAAGUCCUCGAACUGCUCCGCCGCCCUCUUCAGGCUAGCUCUGACGGCGUUUUUCGAGGCAAGGGCCUCCGCGGUUUUGAUUGGUCCUUUCUGCUUCUCAUCAAAAACGCGCUUCUUUUCCUCCACCUUUUGCUCGAUGACUUUGUUUUCGCGGACAUCUUCAGCAACCAUCGCCAGCAACCUGGCGCGGAAGUACUGGCAGGUUUCCUCCAUGGUGACCAAAUGAACCUUCCCCAUCUUCUUCUUGCAGUUUACCAGGUGGUAGAAGUCGCCGCGAUUGAGCAAGGCGUCGGACCCCGUCCGCAGCCCGCCGUACACGAGGCAGUAGAGAACCUCCACCCACUGGCGGGUCUCCAUUUUGACCAACUUCGCUUUCUGCGCGCUCCGGGCGAACAUCCGCUGCAACAACAUGCCGCCCGAAUCCACCUGAUUUACGAGAAGCUUUUCCUCCGUCUCCGGCAGGAGCUUGAGGUCGUCCUUUUUCAGCCGUUUGGCCUUUUUGCCAUCAUCCGGAGGGAGCAGCAGACCCGCCUGGGCGUUGUCGUUGAAAAUGAAGCCGUCCUCGACAAAUUCCGCAAAAGCGUUAUCUUGCUCCCGUAUGGGGUUGGAGAUGUUGCGGGCCUGCAGGUACUUGCUGAAGUGCGACAUUUGCUUGUCCAGAAAUUCCGACUCCCCCGAGAUUCCGCCAAGCAACGGGUUAACGGCGCUACUACCCAAAUUCACCGCCGCACUACUGCUACUGCUUCCCGCCACCGCCGCUGCGCCGGGGCGCGGCAGUAACGUUCCGAAACGCGGGUCAUAGUGGUCCACGAGGGUGCCCCAUUCAUCGUCCUCAACGUCGGCAUCCUCGCGAGAAACGCCGAAGGCCUUCUGGACAAAAUCCCCGUCGUAGAUGUUGUUGAUAUCGAGACUCUCGUUGAUCAGGUCGUCACUUCCCAGAAGCCGGGCCGUGGAGGUUCUCGGAUUUGCGUCCGGCAUAUCGGAGUCUUCCAGAAGCUGCUCGUCCGCCUUUUUCCGGUUCGGCGUCAGCGACAAGCGCUCCUUCCGUUCGGCCUGCUGGAGGUGGUGCCGAAUCAUGGCGUUGGGCUGCCAAUCUUCGAACCCGGGUGUGGAGUGUUCUUUGAUAAGAUCAGAAAGUCCCGACGCGACCGCCAGCAUGUUGUCCUCCAGGCUCCACCCCACCGUUGGUGGCUCCUCGCGCUCGAGGCACUGCAACAAUCCCGGGUUUUCGUUCAGCAGCAUGACAGCGGUGUCUUUCGUGUCGGCGAUUGUCGAGGCCACACCGGGUGGCAGGAACUUCUUCACACACCCAAAACCAUCCUCAACGGCUUUCUGCAAUGGGCUGACGAACUUAUUAUCCCAGGCCGGGUAUCCCAUGCAAAACCACCACACUAGCACCGAUCUAGUUUAUGCGUGACAGACUCUCCACCUGUCCGGCGUUCGCAAUACAAAUCUGUAGACCUUUUCUGCCCCAAGACUUCACCGACUCCGGUGCUAGUGGGAUGAUUUUGCAAAACAUACCGAGACCUUGAUGGCGACAUGCUUCGUCCCGACGCGUGUGUAGAACGCAUCCUGCGCGAUUUGGAUUUUCCCCACACCCGUACAAUUCAGCGUCGCCAUGUUCAGGGUGUCCAGAAAGAGAAACUUGGCGCGGCUUUUGUUGCUUUUCCCCCCGCCUCCUUGGCAGGGCAGCGUCCACUCCUGCGGCUCCGCCGGCAGCGUUAAGUAAAUUCCGUCCCGCCGGACAUCUUCCGCAAAAGUUUCCUCCCGGAGAAGCUCGCCACGCUCAUCUUUUGGGGCGCCGAACAGCGAGUCCAGCUCAUCAAUGUCAUCUGGGAGUUUUAAGGUUUUGAAAUUUACCGCCGGGCACAGCAUGACAGAUCAGUAGAGGACACGCUAGAGACAUGAGCCAAAGAAAAAGAACGAGUAGUACCUUCUUGGGCGUUUUCCUUGUCCUUUUCCGCCGCGACGUCGCCGUCUUUGCGCAAAGGCGGAAAAUAGAUUUGCCCGGUUUUCGAUUUCCCGCUGGCAGCCGAGGGCGAAUUGGCGUUGUAAUCUGGAACAUCCUCAACGCGGAGGAGAUCGAGCUCGACCACGACAAUGACGCCGAGGUCGCGCAACACCUCCAGAACGAGACAGAAGACCGGGUCGUAGAAUUGCUGCACCGAGCAGCGCAAGACUGUGGGCUUGUUCAUGAGGCGAUUACGCUCGAAGCUUCCAGAGACACAACCGCACUGGGUGCGGCCGCGGAAGAACUGCCAGGAGAACUCCUGCGACUUCCAGGUCAUCCGCCAGUAGUGCUUGUACAGAAUCUGCUCCGCAAUAGCCAUGCGGGGGAGAAAGUCCGGAUUGAAGACGAAAUCCCGGAGAUCCUCGGCCUGCGCGGAGGUUAAACCGUGAUCAUGCUUUUCGAGUUGGAGUGCGUUUUUAAUAUCAUUCCGGACGAUCGUGUCCUUCACCACGUUGUCGUUCUUGUGGAGGUUGAAGAAGUUGUCGUACGCAUUCGCUUCCCUCCGUUUGAUUUUCUGCUCAUCGCCCUCCUUCCUGAUCGGCUCAGUGACCGUUUUGAUGUACUGAUCGGCUUCGCCGGGGGCGACCCUCGGCAUCACCUCCUCCAUCUUGGUUUUGUUCCAGUACUGCGCACGGAAUUCUGCAGCGUCGCCCGUUCCGACCCGCCCAUCGAGCUCCGAGUGCGAGAGUACUACUCCGAGGGGCCGCGAGGAUGUUUUGUCUUUCGGGUUUUUUGAUAAGUCCCCAGCACUUCCAGGCUAUCCCGCGCAAGAGCCCCGCGCUUUGAAGAUUGACAUCCCUGCCCUCUCAAUCCUGCCUAUUUGGUCCGUCUGCAUGACAAAUUCUGCAAGGUCUGUUGCAAAUUUUCUUCAUGUUGAAUAUCAUAGCACGGCACUACUGCGAGGGAUAUCGGCUCUGCCACACCCUCGACGGGAAUAAAGUCCGCACUUAGCCACGGAAUCCACUCGGGGGCGACUGACUGGCACUGACUCCAGGCGACGUGCUGAAGGAUUGGAUGGUUGUAAGUCUGUCAAGUAGGCCUUCACGCAAGGACACGACGCAAAGAAGUGGCAUUCUACAUGCGAAAGCAGAUGCAAAAAAAAGUACGUCCUUGAUGGGGCCGACCCCCCGGCCCUUCCAAGCGGCGCGGGUAAGCCCCCCUCCGCGGGCCUCCUCUUCCCUCGUCGACAUCUGUCUGCACGCUUGCAAAUCCGUGAGCCAGUCCGUAAAGGUGUUGUGCUCCAAACUGUGCAGCAGCUUCAUGCUCUUCUGGAUGAUCCAAUGCUUGUCCUCCUGCAGCAAAUACUUGCAGAUUUGCUGGCAGGGUUUGUAGUCGGUGAUAGCCGCCGCGCUUUUGACCCGCUCCGCGCAGCGCAAUUCGUACUCCGCGAUUGGUGGGCAUUUUUCGGCGUCCCAAUUCAGAGGAGAUCGCCGCGUUUUCAUGAUCUCGGUGUCGCCGACAAAGUCCUUGUUCUGGUCUGUUAUGUCCGAGCUGUGCAUCUUCUCCCGCUUUCCUCCCAGCCCGAAGAUGUAGGGGGAGCAGACCAUCUCGGCCGGAGCCGACAAAACCCACUGUACUGAACUCUCGUAGUUGUCGAGGUUCUUCAGCGCGUGUCCCAAUGUUUGAUCUAAUUCGUCGUUCCGGGCGUAGGAGAACAGGCGGCGGUAUUGCGAGAAUUGUUCCAGGUUGGUGCGCAGCCGGCUGGACACCAUGUGCUCCAUGGUUGUUCCCAGCAACCCGGGCAGGCCAUGCAGAUUGUCCGCGCACGAUGUCAAUGCGUUGUCUAACGGACAACGAAAACUCUUCGCGAUUUCGCUCAUCAACAUGGGUCCGACGUUGAAGUAAACCGCCUUCGAGUGGAGAUUUGUAUGGUUUGUUACUAUGCUCAACGCAUGCACGAAGAGGACUGGCUUUGCGAGGCGUUCGUACACAAGACACUUCAUCCGCGACGCCGGUGAGUUGAAGAGGCAGAAGAGCCCGGGGAUGUAUUUCUUCCGGUCGCCCGCGGUAAUAGUUGAAAGGAAUGCCUCCACCUCUUGGUCCUCCACCUUGCUCUGCACCGCCACACUGCUCUUCACUUCGACUACUUCCGGAAAGGAUCCGGCCUUCUUCAUCUUCGUUUUCAUUUUGUUCCUGGGCUCCGCCUCCGCGGGAUACGCGUCUUCCAUCUCCACGUCGCCGUCUGUUGGCUUUUUGUUGUCAUCUUCAAACAAAUCGUCUUCCUCGUUUUCCUCCUCCUGGUCAUUAUUGUUGUUCAAGACCUGGGCCGCUGGUGGCGCCGCGGCGUUGUCCUCCUUGUCGAGAGCGCUCUCCUCGCUCUCCGAGUCGUACAACUCAUCCACCAGGCCGGAAAAACCUGAAAUUUUUAAGAUGGAGAUUUUUCACGCAAUACAGAUUUAUGCAUGGCCAGCAGAUGUGAAGAGAUAUAUACCUUUCCCGGAGCGGUCUUUCUCCGCAUAAGCGCACAGAGCGGAAAAGACUUUUUCCAUAUCCUCGCGGUUGUACGAGACCCGCGCCACGGGAUCAGCGAAGCCCGGCGCCACUUCAUGUUUUAAGUCGGUCUUGGCCAGCAGCGGCGGGUUGAUGUUGCCGUAUUCCCGGUAGUACACGAUCCGCGACGCACGCCGAAACGUGGUCCAAUUCGUCUUCAAACUGGCGCAGAGGUAAGCAUACUUGCAAAGCCUCUUGUUCCGCAGCCGGUAGAGAUCCUUCAGGCACCGCUCGCAGGCUUUCCGGAAUUCCUUUACUAAUUCCUGAGCAUCCGCGCAGACUCCUAUCUCGUCCUCCAGAUCAUGGUUAUCAUCCCCGAUGGCGUCGAGGAUUUCCGCGUCGGUGAAGUCCCGCAUUGCUAACAACACCCCGGCGAACUUCGCGGAGUGUGUGCUGUUUGCUGCUUUCCUCAAUUUCAGCAUUUUUACCACUUCACUCGGUGAACAAACCUUGGCCACCGACAGCAGUUGGCUCGUGUCCAAAUGACAACCGUCGAAAAAGCAGCCCGUCGGGUCCGACCGGCACAUUUUCCAGGCCCAGAAACGGAAUUGCUUGCUGCCUUUGUCGGUUGUAAUCAGGAGCGGUCUAAUCGUCCCGGCGGGCGAGUCGAGGAGGAGUUCGUUGAUGGCCUUCAAGAGGGCCGCCUGCUCCAUCGCGGAGAUGAAAAAGUCGCCGUCUUCUUUCUUGUGUCCCGCCAUAGCAGCAACUGCGUCCUUCACCUCCUUCGCAGAUACCUUCCGCUGGGUGAACGCUGGGAGAGUGAGCGUUGUGAGUAUCGGCUUCCCUUUCGUCAGCGGGUGCCGCAGAUGCCGCGCGCGCACCCGCGCCAGGCUGGUGCCCCUGCCGUUGACGGUAAAGUCGUCGGUCGACAUGCCCACCGGGUCUGUGGUGUUUCCCAGGUUCAACAGCUUGACGCAUUUCAGCGUCAGCAUGUGCUGAGAUAUCAACGCCACACGGGCCUGGUGCACCUUCUUGUCCGACAUGGCGGGAUUCCCCAACGGCUGGACCCUCUGCUUUUGGUCCUUUCGCUUUCGGCCCGUUGUCUUGACCGGAGUGUUGCUUUCCGCCACCGCUUAUGCAUUGCAAAAAUAUCGCACUAGUAUAAAUUGCAUUACAAAUCUCCUUAGCAUGAGAAAUGGAAUCUGUCAUGCGGAUAUGCCUUAGGAAAAGGAUUUGUAAUGCAAGAACUGCAUCUAUACGGGCGCGGUACUUUUGCAGAGGAUACCGCUGCGACGGGGGCUGUCUCGUCCUGCUGUAAAUCCUCACCCUCCUCAUCUUCCACUACUUCGCCUGGGCCGCCGAUCAACUUCCAACCUGGCGCUUUUUUAUGAAGUGAAGCCUCGAUAGACCUACGAAGGCAUGAAUCUAUUACCGCCCUGAUCCAUUGGGGACAAAAAACCACCACACUCCGGACAGAAUCCAUCUGCUGAACUAUAUACCUUCAUCGACAAGAUCGGACUCCUUGGCUAAAACCCGCUCCAACAUGUACUCCAAGGCCUCCCCUUGCUCUUGGGGGCAACCGACGCCAUACCGUAACCACGUCGCAAUGUACUCCUCGCAACUCGUCAAACCAUCCGGACACACUGAUUUGAGAACUGAUACUGAGUCUCGUCCAACAACAGAGAGUCUAAAGAAAUACAUAGGAAAAGAGGUAUUCGUCAGGGGUAUUCGUAUCGUGCCAUAGCAUGCGGGGAAACUAAUUUUCGAGGUCAAAAAAGUACCUCUUUUCAGAGGUAUUCGUUCAAUUUUGGGCAGGCCCCUCUCAUUCCGGCAAGCUCCACAAGGAAGCUCUUUUUGGUCAGAAAUUACGGAAAACCCCAUGGCGCUGUCCAUUUCCCAGGCAACACAAGAGGGGAAACGGCCACAACUCAAAAGCCUCCCGAUAGACCAAAAACGCAUCGCUGCUGGCAUCGGCGCGAAGCGCAUCGCUGCGAAAUGCAUCGGAGCGACGGCGCGCUUCUUCGACACAACGGCCCAAAAGGACAGAAAUACCAAAGCGCGGCGCCCGACCGGCCUGCGCUUUCAAUCUAGCGUUUGUAUUGCGCAAACACCCGAUCGCGUGACGCCUUAGUCUUUGCACCGAAUGCGGAAAAAACGCAUCGGAGCAAAACACAGAAAUCAUCAGACAGCGGCAUGUUUUAAUGCCAUUUCCGCAACAACUGCGAACAGAACUAAUGCAGCGGCGCCGCGUCUGAGAACCCUUUAUCCAACUCCCGGGAACUGGAUCAGCAGCGAACCCCUGCUCGACCUGCUCUUCACCGAGAGCAGUUUUGUCGAGCUUGAGCUGGAGCUUUUAGUUUUGCAACGUUUUCAAAAGUUCCAGUUCCCGCUCGACAAACCUAAAGCAAAGGUUUGUCGAGCGGGAACUGGAACUUUUGAAAACGUUGCAAAGCCAAAAGUUCCAGUUCCCGCUCGACAAACCUAAAGGUUUGUCGAGCGGGAAGCGGAACUUCCACAGCCGAACGGCUGUGGAAGUUCCAGUUCCCGCUCGACAAACCUAAAACAAAGGUUUGUCGAGCGGGAACUGGAACUUUUGAAAACGUUGCAAAGCCAAAAGUUCCAGUUCCCGCUCGACAAACCUGAAGGUUUGUCGAGCGGGAAGCGGAACUUCCACAGCCGAACGGCUGUGGAAGUUCCAGUUCCCGCUCGACAAACCUCAGGUUUGUCGAGCGGGAACUCGAACUUUCACAGACGUUGCCAACUUCCACAACUCACAAAGGUUCCAGUUCCCGCUCGACAAAAGUGAGCGGGAGCCGGAACCUUUGUGAGCUGUGGAAGUUGGAGACGGUUGUGGAUCGAGCUGCCCGGAGGUGGAUAAUGUUUGUAGUGCUGUCCGCAGUUGUUGCGAAAACGGCAUCAAAGCAUGCCGUUGCCUGAUGAUUUCUGUGUUUUGCUCCGAUGCGUUUUGUCCGCAUUCGAUGCAAAGACCAACGCGCGCGCCGAGCGCGAUGGGGUCAAGAAGCGGAACAGCAUGACAAACGGCCACGCUUUCUCGAUUGUGUUGGCCACGCCCCCUGCCAGGCACGCGGCACUGCGAGGCCCCUCUGCAUCGGAGCAAAGUUUGCUCCGAUGCGUUUCGCACCGAUGCGUUUUUCUGAUCCGAAGGCCGGCAAUCAGCCAAACCGCUUUGGGCGGCCAAGUGGCUAAAUACGCGGGCGUCUUUUCAAAGCGGCCGGCCCCCAAAGGCCCCAGCGCGAGGCGUUUGGCCACGCGCACCUACAUCGCCCAAAAAUAGGCUGCCUGCCCGUGGCGCCACCAGAUGCAGGCGCCAACACAAAGAACAAAGCAACGAAGUAUGUCAAUAGUACACUGUGCGCAAAUGUCCCCGAGGUAAUCCUCCCCGAUCAGCGUCAACACCUCGUGGUGGGUAGUCGCUGCGUCAUCCAUACACACUCCCGGGGCGAGCAUGAAGUCCCCGUGGUCGGUUGCUGCGCGGACUGUGCUUACUAUCGCCUCGCUGAAGGCCGCGGCACAGGCCUCCACCUUGAUGGCCCAGUCUUUUUGGUUUUUCAUAUUUUCCAGUUUGUGCGACAUCAAGGAGAGGAGACCCUCCGCCGUUAUUAAAUCGUGGCCGUCCGGAUUGGCCGCGAAAUCGUGCUGGCUCGCUGGAAUAUGCAUGGCAAAAAUGCCACUCGCUUUGUAGCUGCGUCACAGUCCUCCUCAAUAUCUACACGAGGCUUCUUUGGCCUAUUUUUAUUCGGCGCGAGAUGCUGAGGAGUAGUGGCUGCAAAGUAAAGGAGUGGCAUUUCUGCACAGGAUACGGAACAAGGUCCUUCAAGCCGGUGUAUUAUUUGUGCAUGCUCCGCAGGAUGAUCUCCGUGCCAUCUAGCGACUCACAGGCGUCGAUGAGGUCCGCAACCGCCGAGCGCAGCCGCCACAACUGCUUGGUUUGGUAGUAUCCCAACCGGGUGUCCCGGUUGGCGUAGUCGAUGACAUCGUCGGCCUUCUGACCCAGCAACGCGAAGGGGAUGCGAAAAUACGCCUUCUCGUUGUACAACUCGGCUUCAAGACCGAAAGCGUCGCGAUUCGGCUCCAGACGAGCCGGGCCCACGUCGGCCAUUUUCUAGUUUUUUUGGGUGGGGAGAACUCUUGUAGUUUCGGGUCUUCAACUGAAACUGCUCGACUGUGUUUUGCGAAUGAGUGGUGUGGUUUUUUUCGUCUGUGGGCGAACGCACCUCAACCAAAAACAAUCCGGCACCACGCAGAAAAAAAAGCAAAAAAACGAGUGUGCUGCGCUCCAUGUCAGAAAAAAAACCAAAAACGAAACAGGUAAAGCCCGCCGCAGUCCUGGCUAUACUGCGGCUACCUUGCUCUAGUCUCGGGCCCAGCUUUAUAGCGCCUCACUUGAUUCCCGCAUUCAAAUUUGCACUAAUGUUCUACAAUCUAAUAGUGACGGACCUUUUUUUAGACGCCUAGUGCUGACGUUUCGAAUCGCCUGCGAAACAUCAAAGCAGAAUAGAGCCUCUUCACUAUCCCAUAAAAUUCCAUACGAUCGCUGGUGCCGUGUGUGUGUGUGUGUUUGUCUUUUACUCUAUGCAUACUUAUUGCGCACCCUAUAACUCUAGAAUCACUGUGAUUUUUUUCAUUCAUAUAAACCUGCCGAAUUAGCUGCGGCAGUUCCUUUCUUUAUUCAUAAUCGUUUCGCUCUGUUGUCGUUAUUGUCGCUUCUUUUUCGUAAGAGGCGACGCGGUACAGUCUGGCUCUAUUUUUCUCCAGGAAGAAGCUGAGGUCACAAGUCUGAUGAUAAGUCUUUCGCAACAAAAUUAAUACUUGACGAAAUUUUACAACCUUUCAUUCUUUAGUGCUUCCGAUUUCUAAGAUGUCUCGUCUAUCUAAGUUUCGUAACACUGAGUGCAAUUCCUGCCACAACAACGAAUCAUCCCCCACUCACGCGCCGCGCUUCUUCUUGGUCGGCGUUGGUUUCGAAACCCGGCGCGAUCUCGCCGGAGCUCGAGUCCACGGCGCGACCAGAGUAUUCCUCACUAUCGGAUCCGGGCCAGUGGCUCGGGUGGGACGGCACGUGCGACGAGUGCCCGGCCUCCUCCUGCGACAACGCGCGGAGGUCCGCGUCCCAAUCGUAGGACGACAACGACCAGGACCCGGAUUUCAGGGAGGAGUCGGAGGAGUCCUCCAACUUGGAGUAGUCGCGGUGGGAUUUUUUCGCCGGGGGACUGGAGACGCCUUCCGUGUGAUUCCCCUCCGAAUUCCCCUUCUUGCUCACCCCGCCGCCGAGCGUGCCGUUGUUGUUGUUCGCAGAGACACCUCCCGGGGGGGUCUUUCCGACCGUGUCGAGCUUGCCCUUGGCCGCGUUCUUCUUAGCCAGAAAAUCGGCGAAGACGUUCUUUGUAUCCUUCGCCGACGGUUCCGGGACCAGGGAGGCCGCUUUCGGCGCCGGGACGGCCUUCGUACUGCGCUUGUUUUUGCCCUUCCCGUUUUCUUCCGGCUCGACCUCCGCCUUCUUAUCCGCCUCCUCGAUCAGGGCCUUCGCCUUUUCUUUCUCCGUUAGAGCAGCGGCGUCGGCGGCAACGCUGUAUGCUACGCAAAGAAAUCACAGUCGUGCGGAUCGCAUUAUUGCAUUACAGACUUGCGCUGCUGGCAAGAUCAACAACGAAGCCUCCCAGGUCUUAUCUGAAAAGAACUUGUAAUGCAAUUGGCACGACUGCGAUCAAUUUGCAAUGCGUAUUUUCUUAGCACGCUUGCUCAGCUUCGCGUCCACCGGGGCGGGCACCUCCGAGCCGUCCGCAUCCUGCACGUCCUUGCUCGCACCGCGUUUGCGCCUCAUCGGGGUCGGCUUAGGCUUGGUUUCCUCCGGUUCCACCGGCUUGGCCUCGUCAUCCCCGGCCGUGCCAGAGGGCAGGUUCGCCGUCGUGUCCUGGUCGGAGGCGUUUUUCGCGCCCGCCAAAUCGGCGCCCGAAUCCUGGUGGACCACCGCGCCCGCCUUGUUCACCACCUUGACCACCUCGCUCCCAUCGGCAUCUUCUUCCACCACGAUGGUAGCGCCUUUCAAACCCUUCAACUGCGCCCCGCUCAGACCCGUGGAGAUGACUUUGCCUUUCGCCUUAUCGGCACCUUUGAGUUUUGGCGUGCGCGUGAUCCUCAUGAACGACUCACACGAACCAUGACCAUGCGCGUUCAUGUUAGAAACAACACGCGUCUUAAAUGUACCUGCUCCGUUUUUUUCAUUGAUUUCGCGCUGUAGCAGGGCCUCCUUAUCCAACUCCUUUUUCUUCUGGGCCUGCAGACGCUGCUCCUGCUGCUUCUUCGCCUUGAUGUCGGCCGCCAGGUUCCCCGCACGACUGGAGGACGGUCCACCGCGCGCCGCGAAGUUCUUCUGCGACACGAUGUUUCCCAACUUGGUGCCCAACGCUUUGAUUCCCCGGUCGAGCAGGUCAUAAUCGUCUUUGGUAUGCAGCAGCCCGGACUCCAAGUAAGUGCAGGCCGACAAAUCUGGCAAUUUUAGUGAGUGGAAAUGCCGGUCAUACAGAGCAUCAUCGUAGGAAAAUGCAAAUAAACAAACGUCUUGCAUGGACGAAAACAACAAAAAACAAAUAUACCCAUGAUCGAGCGGAGGACGCUCUCCUCCAGGUUGGCGCUGCCCUUCCCGGUCUGCAUGCCGAGGCCAGAGAGCACCUGCGGCACGAUCGGAGAGCCCGCGGAAGACGACGCACCAAGCGGGGUGUUCGCGAUGGCUAGCAACUGGGUGUGCUGCUUGGCCACGUUUUGGGCCUUGGCGUUGUUCUUGCCGUCGCCUUAUGCACUGCAAAAAUAUUGCACUAGUAUAAUUCGCAUGACAAAUUAGCUGAGCACGAGAAAAGGAAUCUGUCAUGCUGCUUUGCCUUGGGAUUGAGAUUUGUAAUGCAUGACUGCGAUUACUAGGAAUGCGGUACUUUUGCACAGGAUACGACCAGGGCCUGGAGCGCGGGGUGACUGGAAUCCUCCGGCUUUCUCCGGCGGCCCGGCGAAACGGACGACAUCAGGGCGCUCAGGUACUCCGACAGGCCGUUCUUCGUGCCCGAGCGGUACAGGUUGAAGACCUUGAUGAAGCUGUCCAUCUUUUUCGGCAACUUCAAGACGAACCCGAUGACGCAGCACCAGAUCUUCUCGUCACGCCAGGUUUUCAUGAUGGUCAAGUUACCGAGGGCCUGUUUUCAAUUCCGUGGAUUAUAGUGAGGAUAUGCGCUGGGGCUGGCGACUAGAGUACACAGAGCACGGGCAUGAAACUGAACAGGAGGAUCCGAAACCCGAGGCGCCAAUAAAAUGGCAUUUCCGACACACAGGGAGACUAACAUACUAGCACGGGCCAAAAAGCUCUUACCCUCGCGUGCGUCGUCGCGAUCGAAUCGAUCACGUAGGUGCUCGACUCGUACGCCCCGUCGUAGAACAUCGAGGAACCCCGAAAAAACCGCUUCGGUACCCACAACCCCAACCCCGGGAAGCCGCCAGUGUUGUAAAAACCGUAAUAAAAACCCUCAACGUCCCGGGGCAACAGGGACGCGAGUUCGUCGCACUGUUGUUCAUUUUGUUGAAAUUAAAAACUGUGUCGCGCCGCAGUUUGAUCUGCGGCGCAAGGGAAGUAACAGCGCAUGCAAAGAACAAAAUCAGAGGACCACACAUGAGACCAAGGAGCCAACUACGAAGGUAAUACGAUCUAAGAAGCCUACGCAUCAGCAAGUUAUCACCUUGAAGAAAUAUAAUAACAAUGUGCCGGGUACUCUCCCUGAUUCGAGAUCGUGACAAAAUUCGCGACAAAUUUUCCACGAAAUUGAUGAUACCCCUUGACCUUGCCCUUGUCGUCCAUCCACGAACUCGGGUGCUUGCCCCCCGCCUCCGGCAUCGAGAAGUUCUUCACCACCCGCCGCCGCACGUCGGCAUGCGGCUCCACCUUUUCCGGCACGGUCAUCACCUGCGUGAUGAGCACCCAUUCUUCCACCGUGGGUUCGGGAUUUUCGUCCGCCGAGACGGAAACCUGGGAAAAAGAGCCGCUAUCGGAGUCGCUCAUCUUGAAGUGUUCUACUUGUGCUGAAAACCCAAUCUACAAAGCCUGCGGGCUGAGACACUCUGCCACAAACCUUAUCAGAAAGUCGGAAUGGCUUCUCUAGAAAACGUCUUCAGUCCAAGCCUCUAGACAUAUAAGGCGUUCUGAAAAUCCUGUGCAGUUCGUGACCGGGCUGCAGCUGUACAGAUGGCACGGAAACAGGCAAACAAGAAAAAAAGAGCGCCAAUAUCAAAAACACUCAAUGCCAGCCUGGUACUAUUCAAGCCCGGAGCUCGGCCACAAAUCACUCGCGAACUCAGAAACAUCAAAAAACAUCCGGAAGAGAUGAAGCCCUCGGCGAGCACGAAAAAACAACCGAAGAUUCCCGGGCAAAAGAAAAGCAAAAGGCUUUGCGCGACUCCUCUUUGUAGGAGCCACGACGCCUCCCUCGGUAUGAUUUUCAUCUUCUUUGGAAACAAAAACGAACGACGACGCCGUCUUACUGGCCUUCAAUACAGAAUUACUUUUAUGCACGGACACAAUGCAGUUGCGGAACCAUCGGGAGUUCGCUACUGAGCGCAAAAUCAAUCGCAAAAGGCGCUUGCGGGCAGUCGUAAAAAAGCAGCCACUUUCAAGGGUUUUGUAGCUAUGGCGGGCGCUUCGCCUGCGCUCUCCCAGAGCCCGCGCAACUGCAACGUAACUGUGGUAAGGCGCGCCUAGCCCGGAAAAAGGCCCUAGCCGCGCGGCCCCGCGCAGUAUCUCUGUGUAAGAUAUUUCCUGGGUGGUGGCUAGCAGAUGCGCCGCAUGCUCAUGCGCCACUUGAAGCCCCGCAACAGAGCCGUCAGCCCCGCAGCGUGUGUUAUUCCCGUCGUGCCUGCUUCGCCAGCUCGGGGGACGCAACUUUUGCAAAAGGUCUCGCCCGCGCGCGAGUGUGCGAGCUGGCGCGAUCUGGCCGGGUCCGCCAUCGGGUUAUACCCGGCCGGGCGCCGCAGCCGCACCCUUGCUUGGACCCGCCCCCCCCGUCCCACCCACGCAUCGCCCAAAGCGCACUCGCGGCGAUUCGGGUCUCUGCGACUAGUUCUGCCUGGGGCGUGUGCUGGCACAACUCAGUGCGUGAGCUUCGGCGCCGCCCCCCUUUGGGCCCAUUUUGCUGCCUAUUGUUGUUGCGUGCAUGCGCAGGCGCGCACUCUAGGUGGCCUGUCGGGCCGAGGCAGCGUCGCGACUCGUUUAUUGUAUACAUGUGCUGAUAUUUUUCGCCCGUGACCCACCGUUCCCUCGCGCGCGCACUGGGGAAAAGCGCCGCACCUCCACGCCCGACUCCGGCCCGCGCAGAACGCGUCGCAGCGUUCGCGCAAGCCAAAAGUCGAUCGCUCGGAAACGCGUGACACCGCCGAUAUUUUGCGAUCGGAGCGAAGAAACAGGCGCUGUGCAGGUGUUUCUUCCGAUCAGCGGAAGAAACACCCGCACAGCAGCUGUUUCUUCGCUCUGAUCGCAAAAUGUGCCGGUGGGGCAUGCCGAGUGGCGCCUCCGUUUUUCUUGGCCUCACGCCUGCGAAUGUGUGGGCUUCGCAGCCACCGCUGCUACCUUUUUUGCGCAGGCCCCGGCGGAAAUUUGCGCGCUCCGCUUGGCCAGGAAGGGGUCGCGCCCCUCUAUGCCGCAUGCGGCAUGGGCCGUCUGUGCAAUGUUGCGACCGCUCUGCCCCGAGGUCCCCCGCCCCCUGCUGCAGCCCCGCGGCGCCAAAAAAAAGCGUCUGCGUUGGUCAAUUGCGUUGCCGCCGCCAGGGCGUGGCUGUCCGUCGCGGCCGGCCACCGUGAGGUCUGGCCGGCCUGCCAGACUGCCCUCUGCCUGCUCCCCUUAAUGCCCGAGCAGCGCAGACCGCCCGCGCCCGCCCCACCCGGCAUCGAUGGAGCCGCGCCCGAGGAAUUGCUUGCUUGCCGUCGCACUGACUCACGGCGCCGCAGCUUGUGACGCGGACCGUGCCGCAGCAAAGCUAUCCUUGACUUUGGUUUUGUAACGGCGGCGCGCGCGGCGCCCGUGGUGCGUCUGUCCUGGCUCCACCUGCUAGCUUCGUUGCAGCGGAGGGAAUGCGCGCCAAGCUCUUGUCGCCCACGGCCGAUUACUUGGGUAGGUGCAAUGGGUCGGCAGCACUACAAAUUUCCUUGGCUGCUGGGGCGGGCCAGGGGGUGUGGGAUUUGGUCGUGCGACUUCGUUCGUUGCGGGCCACGCGUCACACCCAUCGGCCCGACCCGAUUUCGGUCUCUGUGGCCUUGCGAAUACGCGCAUUUUCGAUACUGAGCGCAAUUAUUUUCCGCUCAGUAUCGAACUCUGGAUGGUUCCGCAACUGGCAAGUGUCCAUCCAUAAUUACUUUCACGAGGCUCGACCUGUGCAUGGGAAAAAAUAAAACCACUCGGGCGGCUCUGUACAAAUGCAGCCGCUUAUUCUUUCAAAUUCUGAAUCUAACACAUCUAGGCUGUGCUACUAAUUUCGGCGCUAAGGGUCUGCCGAUUUUCCACCAUUGCUCACCGGGACAUAGCCCGCCACUGCUGUCAUUGAAACGAAACAGCUCCAAGCUUGCUCUGCCUAUUCGUAGGGAAGCCUUCGCGCAGCAGACUUUGUCGAGUUGCUCCGGGGAAGACGUGUCGCGGCUUGCAACGCGGUCCCACCGAGUGGGCAUUCACCAAAGCAGCGCCGCCAAGUAACACGCCGAACUGAUGGACCAAACCUUCUUGCCCGGGCCGCUCCCAAGGGCCCCACUCUACAGACCCACGCCAGGGGCGGUUCCGCGGCUGGUAGCGGGGUGGCGUAUCUUAGUUUCAGUUUUGGCAGAGGAAGAUGACAUAGGGGAAACAGCUACGGGCCUGGAAAUUGAAGAAGCUAACGUGCAAAAUGACAAGGGGGAAUUAUACCACUCGACUACAUGGAUUCAGAGCCGUUCGCGCGGGCGUCGUUUUUUCAAGACCUGCCAAAGCCUAAUCGCUAGAAGUACUGCAUGACAAGUACUAAAAUCAACUACCUUCCGUUGCUCAAUCCGCCUGGUUCUGUAGCAGACGCUUCGCGGGGCCCCUGCUCAUCAGCUCCAAUUCGGAGAGCUUCCACGAAUCCACCAUCACAGCUAUCCCGCCAGCAAGCUUAUAUCAGAUUCCUCCCGCCGACGUUUGAAGCCGAACCAUGUGGGCCAUCGCUACCACAUCUCCAGCUCCGCAGUUCCAGACGACCCCGCGCGACGCCACGGCCAACCAUGGCUCUCGAUCGGUGACGUGGCCUCACAGUUCCGGUUUCGAGGAUCAACCAGCCGCAACGAGCCGAAACUGCGCUCGGAGGAUGGUUUUCGUCGUUCAGAAUGACGCCCGGAGAUUGCAGUAUUGGGAUGUGGUAUGCUAUGUUUUGCAAUGAUGCCGGUAGAGAUGCAUUUUUUGGAGGAUUAAUCUAUAUUCUGCCGAAAAGGCCUGGAGAGUUCACGCGCCUGCCGGAUAGACGCGUCAAAGCUCUCGGCCGGGUCCUUUCGCCUUUGCUUCCGCGCCUUCAUCUUGCCUAAAAAAACUGCGCUUAUGUGCUUCGCGGCUCUUGUUUUUGGCGUGUUUGCCGCGGCUGCUGCAGUGCUUGCUCUUUUGCAAGCACAGGAAGACGAAACUCACAUGGCCAAAGAAUGACGCCCAGGCCAUGUCCAGCUGCCCGCCGCAUAAGCCUGGACAACUAACUUCUGCGGUGUGCAGAACCCACUUCCCAGAAGAGCAAAAGGGACAAUGUCCCGGCAGUCUCCUCUGCUAUUUGUCAUGCAAAAUUCACUACAAACUCACCACUUCUCAUGCUAACGAGUGUUAAAGCUCUAACUGUAGGACAAUCCCAGAGCGGUGGAGGCGGAUCUUCCUCGUCGUCCGCCUCGCGGCAGGUUCCGCUUCGGCAACGGUAUGGAUUGCAAAAGUGUCUGGGUCUGGAAGAUUGCAACUUGUCAUGCUAAAUCCGAACGAUGCAGAAAUCUGUGUUGCAUGAGUGCCAAAAGCUGUCCACUUUAGACCAAGUUUGGAGGGAGUUUCUCAUGCAGGAUAGGCAUGGCAGAGACCUCGCAGACUCUGUCAUGCUGGGUCCCGCAUUCCAGACCUCAUGGGUCAUGAAAAACCUGCAUGACAAGUUUACACUUUUCCAGACCCAGACAUUUUUGCAUUUGAUAAACGGUAUUUGCCGAUGAUUGUCGGGCCCGAGGGCGAGAUUCGCAAGCUCUUCUUCGAGAAGAUCGCGUACUUCAAUGCGACCUAUCUGGCCAUGAUGCUAUCGGCGUUCGGAAAAUGCGGCCUGAAACUGACAGAAUCCGAGCGGCUGGUCAUGGUUAAGGAGUUGAAAAUACGGGUAUAAUAGAACAUGAAGAAGAUCAUACUGAUUAUAUGACCCACUGUUGAUUAUGCUUCCUAUGUGGGCCAGCUACGCUGGUUGGUACUUGUAGUGGCCAAAAUUGAGACUCAGCCAAGACUGCCUGCACUGCUGCUGCAUCAACCCUCAACACAAAAAACAUCACAGGUGCCGGACUUGCAACAGACCACGGAGCAAACCAUGUUCAUUAACGCAAUUACAAAGCUUGAACUGAAUGACGACGAACUGUGGAAAAGGCUUUCCACGCAUUUGCAAACCCGCAUGCAAGUGGAGCCGUUUCACAUCCGCGACCUGUCCGUCAUCGCGAAAGCUUUUGCGGACGCCGCUGUAGUGCAGGACAAGAGACUCUUUGAGAGCAUUGCCUACCACGCCAAGUUCACAAUCGGCGAGGUAAAACAGCCGAACCCGUUUGUGAUGUUGUUGGGUCGUCACGAGUUUAAGCUUGAUGCUUUGCUUUUGUCGACAUACAACUCCUAUACGUCUUUGCAAUUGUAUAGAGUACGGUUUUUUUUUAAUAUAUUCCGAUUGGAGUGAUGAAGGGGAACCAUAACCAAAACUUCGUCACUCGAGCCGACUACUUCUGGUACACGCUAAAACCUAAAACAGGCAACGCCACUUGAAAUUGCCCGCGUGAUCCACUCGUUCGCACGGUGCGGCAUGGACGAGGAACAAUUCGUACGGUAUUGCGUAAGCAGCGCCGGCGAGAAACUUCUGUUCAACACCCCCGCUGAGCUCUCAACGGUAGCAUACGCCUUCGGCAUGCUGCUGGAGUACUAUCGGGCCGUAGCGCAGAGACUGGAGCAAACGCAAAUGCUCGCGAACACUGCGCAGACGACAUCAACCUCUUCCUCGCCUAGUCCAGACAACAUUAGUCAGACGGGCAGCACUUCUAGGAGCAAUGUUGACGAAACCGGGCUUCGCAAAGUUGUAGACACUGGUCAACAUGUUGCAGUGGUCAGCUGCAACGCACAAAAUCCUUCCACUUCAAGCACGAAGGUAGAGCAGAAGCUUUCUCUCCUCCGCUCCCUAUACGCGAAGAUUCGCAAGUACUCUCUGAGCUCGCUGCAUCUGUUCGAGCUGAAGGACUUGACGGCGGUUUUGGUUGUCUUCAGUCGAUGGGAAAUAGCUUUUCCGUUGCACGACCUGGCGGUGUUCGCAAAUCGUGUGCUGCAGGAGAUGGAUAGUCAGUGCGCCGGGAGCAACAGUCCACACAGCAACUUCCCGGCGGCGGAGCUUGCAAAGCUCCUGAACUCGACGGCCCUGUUGUACACUCGCGGCAUGUCGCAGGAGCUUGCGGAACGCGAGCAAAGGGCCCGCAGUCAGGAGAUCGUGGGGGCUUCUUGCGGUUCUUCCAUGUCUCCAACCACUUCCCGUCGGAACGAAACUACAACUGAGGAAAGCCUGCAGAGCCCUGCUCACGCUGGGCAGACCAAUGACUCUUCUGUGUCCAAGAAGUAUCAGAAAACGUUUGACGCAUUUGCAGCCCGUGGAAAGCAGGAACUGUUGUCUGUCUCCGGACAGAGUUGGAUCUUGUGCAAUGCAAUCAAGCAACAUUCAUCCCAGAGUAAUUCCGCAGGAUCCACAUCUGGGGGUGUUGCAGGUUCUUGCAGCUCGCCAGGAGGGGGACAACGAGUCGUGGAUUCGCGAUCAAAAACGCAUGGUGUUGCGGGCGCAAGUAUGAACUGCAAAAGUAUCGUACUCGUAUAAAUGCAUUACAAAUUUCCUCAGCAUGAGAAAUAAAAUUUGUAAUGCUGAUUUACCUUAACAAAGGAUUUUGUAAUGCAUGAUUUCCAUACGAGUACGUUACGAUACUUUUGCACAGGAUAGCAAGACCAGCCCAAGGCAGAGGUCCGAAGCCGGUAACGCCGCACGUGGACAUUCUCCGUAUCCUGUAUAAAAACGUCCCCACCCCAUAGUCAAGAUGGGGAUUUUGCAACACAAACCUAGGAGUUUUGGGAGUCACGCAUGACAAGUUGCACUAUGCAGUGUAGUGCAGGUUAGCAAGUGCAGCCGCAUCACAGAUUCGUCUGCUCAUCCUGUUCACAGCAUCACAAAUUCCAAAACACGACUGGAAAUGGCUCUCAUGGGGAUGCGCAUUACAAGUCUUCCUGUCUUUGCAAAUCUGCAUUACAACUCGGGCGUGGGUACGUUUUUACUCAGGAUACUCCGCGUGUUGGACUCCUUGCAGCUGCUAACCGGAAACACGCUGUGCCUUGCCGACGUGAUGCGGAUCAUCGAGAGACGCGUUUUCAAAGAUGUCCUGGAGCAGCCCGCAGCAGUGGAUCGCUUGAUCCGAUCGCGGUACAUCGCGCACUUUCAACAGGCCGGAUACGACGAGAGAUGGGACGAUAUUCUGGCGCUAUUGGUGGAGCAGGAUAACAAAGACACAUGAACUCAAAAGCUUCUGCUUUCCUGUGAUCCCUGUGAUUGACUGUAAGUUUCGUUUGGUUUGUUCUUUCCGCUACCUGGGGCGAUCCCUACAGAGUCAGAGUUCCUGGGAGCAAUUCCAGUGCACGACAGGCGCAAAGCGGAAAAAAAAACCGACUAAACUACGGGUAAGGAGACAAUGACUCGCCCUGUCGCAUUUUCGCCUGAAACGCCCAUCAUUAAUGCCGCACGACGGUGACAGCAAUUGAAAUUGAAGUUGUUGUUCAUGAUGCUUCAAACGCGUGCCGUGCGCUUGUAUCUUUGAAUUAGCG